GGACUGGCUAAUGGUUAACAGGGGAAUGUCCCCGCAGCUAGGGGCGCUGGCACCAUUCUGCACCUCCAGGUUUAUAGCUUGGGCCACUGACAGGACAGGGCCACUUGGCGAGAAACUUCCUGUUGCCGGCCGGGGAGUGUCCAGUCAGAAGUGUUCCUGCGUUUGCCAGGAGUGCAGACAGCAACCAGGAAGGCCUGGGUGAAUGGAAUACAGAGGUUGACCUGCCUGAGGUAAGGAAGAUCAUGCUGAGAUGGAGGGCAGUAGGAGAGGUGUCCUGGCUCUGCUGGUCAUCCUGGCUGGGCUGACAGCUCCUGGAUCCAGUUAUGAGAUCACAGAAGGUCCUCAGAAUGUGACAGUCCUGCAGGGCUCGGAGGCUCGCUUCAACUGCACCGUGACCCAUGGCUGGAAGCUUAUCAUGUGGUCCCUCAACGGUGUUGUGGAGCUGAGUAUCACUUCCCAGGAAACCAUCAUCACCAACGAGCGCUUCACCUCCGUCAAUUACAACGGGAGCGACAGCUUCAUUUCCGAGAUGAUCAUCCACGAUGUGCAGCCCAGCGACUCGGGGCUUGUGCAGUGUAGCCUGCAGAACAGCAACGUGGUUCGAUCUGCCUUCCUCUCAGUGCAAGUUAUGGGGACCCUGGACAUUCCUAGCAACAGCCUUCUGGUCACAAAGGGUGAACCCUGUAAUGUGACUUGCUAUGCCCUGGGCUGGACCCCACUCCCAGUUAUUUCCUGGGAGCUUGAGGUCCCGGUAAUCAAUUCCAGCUACUAUUCUGUUCUGGAACCGGGCAACUUUACGAGUGCCUUGAGUAUCCUGGCUCUCACACCGCUGGGCAAUGGGACCUUGACUUGUGUGGCAGAGCUGAAGAACCUGCAGGCCAGCAAGUCCUUAACUGUCAACCUGACUGUGGGUCGGCCACCACCUGUCGUAGAGAGUACUGGUUCAUCGCUGCCAACCUGGGCCAUCGUCCUGCUGGCAGUGGCCUUUUCCUUGCUCUUGAUCCUGGUCAUCGCCCUGGUUGUAGUAUUCUGCUGCUGCGGUGUCUGCAGGAGAGAAAAAGAAGAAUCUAGUUAUCAAAGUGAGAUAAGAAAGACUGCAAGCAUGAAGACAAACAAAACAGAUCCUGAGACCAGGUUAAAAAGUGGAAAGGAAAACUAUGGGUACAGUUCAGAUGAAGCAAGGGCCGCACAGAUUGCUUCUCUGCCUCCUAAAUCUGGUGAAGUCAGCCUUCCGGGACAACGCAGUCAUCUCUCUCCUUAUCAGGAACAGAAAACACGGCAGCCCAGGGCAGCAAGUCAUCCGAGGGUUUCCUUCGACACCGCCAGUCCUCAGAAGGUCAGAAAUGCAACGUUAGUAUAGCAGAGACUUCUCACGCCUGCGCUUUGCACAUCUUCCCUCCAUCCUGAGACUGGGCCCCGGCUUUGCCCACGAGGCCGCCUCGGAAGUCACCGAGCUGAUGUUUCACAGUGACGGGAUGAAUCGGUUUUCCUCUACCCCAAGAAAGAAUUUGGUUUUGAAAUGCCUCACGGUUUCAGAGAAUUCCUUAAAGCUACCGAGUAAAACCUGAGGGUCUGUCAUGGAGAUAACCCCCAUGGAUUGACACUCCUGCUUGCUAAUCCCACACAGGGCAGAGAGGACUGGAUUCUGCCAUGACCUUCAAAAUGUUGUUGUCCUAGAUCAUGGUAAUAUGCUAUUUAUGUGUGUUUUAUAGAUGGGACACCGAAUCAAGAGCUUAAACAAUUAGCAUCAACUGGAUCUCUUUAAGUGGACUGGCCAUUCGGAGCCCAGCCAGUUAAAUAGAAGGAAAGGCAAUGCCAAGGUGCAUGUUUAGAUGACAGUUACUGGUUGUUCCCUUAUCCUUUUCUCCAUGGUUUUGGGUGAAUGAGGUGUGGCUUCUGCCUGAUAAGGGAACAAAGCUCAUGUUCUGCCAGUAGCAUGAAAGAACUGGAAGGAUAUAUAUAUUAUAUAUAAAUAAAAGUGUAUGUAUAUAUGUAUGUAUAUACAUCCUUUAAUAAACAAAGAGAAAACAAAA